UGCACCUUUGCAUCAUCCAUCAACACUCACUUGAACCUUCUACAACCAUAAUUCAAAUCCAAACACAAGAACUAUGGCAAGUUAUCAGACUCAUCACGAUGAUCAGGGUCGUAAGAUCGAUGAGUAUGGCAACCCAGUGAGAGAAACUGACCAAUAUGGCAACCCAGUUCAUGGCACUACUGCCACUGUUACCUACGUCACCGCCACCGGCGGNCAGGGCGGUAAAGCCGAUAAGCAGCAUGGAACUACCGGUGUCUAUGAUCCUAGCAGCGGUAGGAGUCAUCACACUACCGGUGAUCAUGAUAUAAGCACCGGUAGACAACAUGAUACCACCGGUAGUUACACCAGUGAUAUCGGUAGACAACAUGAAACUACCGGUGACUAUAAUUUAGGCACCGGUAAACAACAUCAUGGAUUAUCUACCGGUGGUUACACAGGUAAUACUAAUACAAAACAUGGAACUACAGGUGAUUAUGAUCUAGGCACCGGUAGACAACAUCAGACUACCGAUGCCUAUGGUGGGGACACCGGUAGGCAGCAUGGAACUACCGGUGACUACGGUGGUGGCCCUACCUAUGGAGUCACUACCGCGGACACCGGCACUGGUCCUAGAAGUGGAACCACCGGUGGCACCGGUUAUGGAGGCAACACUGGGGGUGCACAUACGGAUGCACGGAAUCAGCAACACUAUGGAAAGGAGCAUCGUCACCAUGACGAGUCUCAUGGCGAUCACGAGAAGAAAGGGAUAGUGGAUAAGAUCAAAGAGAAGCUUCCCGGAGGACACAGUGACAAGUAGAUGCAUCGUGCAUCGUGCAUGCAUGCAUAUGUAGUAUGUGUAUGUUGUCUUUGAAUAACUAUGUUGCAUUUGUAAUAAUGUACGUACGUACAAUGUUUUGUGUCGUGUAAAUGUAAACGAUAUACAUGUAUGGUUGCGUUAUAGUAUACCUAAACAUGUAAACGAAUAAAAAUGCAUGCUUAUAUGUAUGAACUUGGAUGUUUUGUAUAAGGCUGAAAUAGAAAGCACCAAUGCUAGCUCUAAGAAUAUAUAGAGUGGGGGUGAUUCACUUGUAUGUGUUGGACUUAUAAAUGCAUUCAGCAGCUUGCUUUCGUUUUCAA